AAAGUAUUUAAACACGUUGAAAAUGGAUGAAUUUGGAUUCACAAAUUCUAGUUUUAAAUAAAUAACGUGUGUUUGUAUGUUGUUUUUGGUUUUUUUUUUGUUUUUCAACUUUGUUUCAACAUUUGAAACACAAUUUCAUCAUCAUCAGAGUAAUCAUGUCUCUGUCUUUGAUCAAUAUUGAAUCUGAACUUCGACAAUUAAUGUCUAAAUCACAGCCAUAUAUGGCCAAAGAAAUUAUCGCACAACAUAGUACAACAAUGCGUGGCUGGAUCCAAGAUGAACAACAAAUUGUUAAUAAAUUGUAUCAACAAAUGGAACGCAUCAUACGUUUACAUGGUACAAUGUUACCAGCAAAAUUAUUCAAUGAUUCUCGUGAAUGUUUGGAACAAUUGGAAGAUUAUAUUUUUCGUCUCAAAGAUGCAAUGUUUCAUUUGAGCCGUAUUGCUGGCCGUUAAUCAAAUGAAUCGAUCGAUCAUAUAGACAAAACAAUCCAUAUUCAUAGAUUCCAUUUGUUGCUGAUAUCACCGAAAUUUGUUGCUGAUAUCCUACUCUUGUCACUUGUUUACUUGUACACACACACACACACACAGUGAAUUUUUCUCAUCCAUUUUUGACACAAAAGUUUACGAAUUUAAUCAAAUCAAAAUUUGUUUUUAUUUGUGUAUAAUUAAAAAUCAAUUAUCCAUAAAUUUUAAA